UGACGGGCGGACCAGGAAGCGCCAGCGGCUCCCUCCUUCCCUCCAUCCCCGCCGCAGCAUCCUCACCGCGGCCUGCGGUCCCCACGGCCACGGGGGUGGCGGCCGUGGACACCCCGCGCAGAUCUCCCAGCUCCACCGGGCUGCGAAGCGGAGGGUGGCUGCGGGGCCACUGCUUUUGGCUCGCGGCUCAGCUGCUGCCCAGAGGGUCGCUGGGAGGAUGUGAAGUCCCCAGCCCCCCAGCCUGGGUGAGACCCCAGCCAGGAAACCCCCUGAAGGAUUUGAUUUCUUCUCACAAGCAUCCUCUGUGAUAACGGCAGGGCUUGUCAGCUCUGCGCUGGCAUCUCUCCGGUUGCACGUGAGGGCAGGGAGGUUUGCAGGCAGGCGGGCAGGGACGCUGGAUCGGGUCAGGGACAGGCAGAAGCCAUGCUGGUCACAGAGGUGGCGGCGGUGGCAGCAGGGAGCUGGGAUUAGAGGGCUCUGAGCACUGGGAGUGGGGCCCUGUGCAAGGCACCAGCACCAUGUUCAGCCGGUCAGGAUACCAGGCCCUUCCCUUGGGGGACUUUGACCGCUUCCAGCAGUCCAGCAUUGGGCUCUACGGUGCCCAGAAGGGCUUCUUCUCCUUCGGAUCCAAGCAAGACCCUCUGGGGCCAGCCGGAAACACUGCAGACUCCUCCCAGGGUUGGCUGUCCUGGAUCUGUCAUGGCGUUAUCACCUUCUUGGUCUUCUUGCUGAUGGUUGUCACCUUCCCCAUCUCAGGAUGGUUUGCCUUGAAGAUCGUGCCCACCUACGAGCGAAUGAUCAUCUUCCGCCUGGGCCGCAUCCGAGCACCUCAGGGGCCCGGCGUGGUCCUGCUGCUGCCUUUCAUCGAUCACUGGCAACGAGUGGAUCUGAGGACAAGGGCCUUCAACGUGCCCCCCUGCAAGCUGACUUCCAAGGAUGGGGCAAUCAUCUCCAUGGGUGCUGAUGUCCAAUUCCGGGUGUGGGACCCCGUGUUGUCCGUCAUGAUGGUGAAGGAUCUCAUCGCGGCCACCCGGAUGACGGCGCAGAACGUCAUGACCAAGACCUUGGUGAAGAAGAGCCUCCGUGAGAUCCAAGUGGAGAAGCUGAGGAUCGGGGAGCAGCUGCUGCUGGAGAUUAACGACAUGACCAAGUCCUGGGGCCUGGAGGUGGACCGAGUGGAGCUGAGCAUGGAAGCUGUGCUGCAGCCACCCCGGGAGAACCUGGUGGGCCCUCUGGCCACCAUGCCACCCGUGCCUGGGCUGGAGGGGCUGGAUGGCACCAUUCAGCAGCUGGCUGCUCAUUUCUUCAGCAACAGCCUGGCUUUGGCGGGCAGUGGAACCAGCGCUCCGGAGGCAGCAGACAGCGUGGAGACGGUAAACGAGGUGGAGCCUCCCACCACUUCUCUUCUUGCUGCUGCUGGCAGUGCCCGGCGGAAGCCCAGUGCAGAGGAGCUGCUCUCGGCUGUGGAGCCUGUCCUCUCCGAGGCCCUGGUGGGCCAGGUGGGAGCAUCCUACCAGGUCAACAUCACCCUGCCCAGCGGCACCCGGAGCACCUACUUCAUAGACCUCUCCUCAGGCAGCGGGCGGGCUGGCCGCGGCGUGCUCGAGGGCAGCCCCGAUGUCAUCCUGGAGGUGACGGAGAAAGACCUGCAGGACCUCUUCUUGGGUGACCUGCGCCCCUUGAGUGCCUACAUGAGCGGGAGGCUGCAGGUGACAGGUGACCUGCACCUUGCCCUGAAGCUGGAGGAGCUCGUCAAAGCGAUGAAGCAACGUAGAUAGAGCAUGCAUGUGGGUGUGUGUCUGUGUGCAUGUGUCUUUGUAGGUGUGUGAAGGCGGGGGGGGACAUACAGGGGUGCUGCGUGGUGGGGCCCUUGCCCCGCUGGAGCUCUUGCUGUCCUCUCUGUGGAGGCCACGGGAGUUGGGUGAAGACCUGAGCAGGAAAACCGAAGCUGAGCUCCACUGCCUGUCCUUGCCCUUGGCUUUACCUCUCCUGCCCAGCCUUUGCCUACGAUGUUAUGGGAUGGGAACCAGCUGGCACACCGGCAUGUGCCAGUUUGCUUCCAGGUCCCUUGGCCAAUAUACCACCAGGGGACAGACUGAUGUUCUGGUGCCCCCACAAUGGGUUGCACAGCCAGGCAUCUCAGACUGGGAGGGCUAUGAGCUGAGCAGAUUGGCUAGAGAAGAGCUUGGGGACACUGUGGCCAAGGAUGGUAGUGAUGGGGUGGGGUGGGCAGCCGAAGCAGGGCACAAGGGCUGGCUGGACCAAGUUGGGAUGCCACCAGCGGGCUGGAGUUGGGGUCCAUUGUGGCACUGCUAGUAGCAGUUAUACUGGCAUUUAUGGGGAAGGAGCAGAGGUGGCGAUUUGGGGAACGACCUGCCUGGAGGUCGACGACCUCAGGAAUGACCUGAGCCUUCCCGACACAGCGGUUCAUAAUAAGUGAUUGCGCUAAUUUGUGCUUCAAAGUGCUUUUGCAUGUGUGCUGUGAGUCUGUCCGCGGGGGUGUGUGGACUGUAUAGAGGCAUAUAUAGAUAUUUAUUUAUUUUGUAAGCUUCCUUUCUAUCAACUCUUAAUGGACAAUAAACCUGUUCUGCACCCUUGCGCCUGGGCAGAGAUGGGCUGAUGACUUC